GUCCAUUACUUACAUUAAACAUAAUAAAACAUGAAAACCCCCGAAAACCUUGACACAGUAUCUGGCACAAUUCGGUUGCUGCUAGUUGGAAAAUAGAAGAAAAAUGGCAGGAGUUUUACUGAGACCAGGUUGUUUAAGGGUUUCAGCUUUAAAGACUUUCAACAGAUUUUACUCUGCAAGUGGAGCGCCAACAACCAAGUUAUUCAUUGAUGGAAAAUUUGUGGAAUCUAAGACAAACAAAUGGAUUGACGUUCAUGAUCCUGCAACAAAUGAGGUGGUGACUCGGGUCCCAGAGUCAACACAGGAUGAAAUGGAGGCCGCGGUGGCGUCCUGUAAGAGGGCAUUCGAUGAUUGGUCACAGACCACCAUUCUGACCCGCCAACAGAUGAUGUUUAAGCUGCAGAACCUCGUCAGAGAAAACCUGUCGGACAUAGCCAAAAACAUUACCAAAGAGCAAGGGAAGACCCUGGUGGAUGCUGAAGGAGAUGUGAUGAGAGGGCUUCAGGUUGUGGAGCAUUGUUGCAGUAUUACCUCCCUUCAGCUCGGUGAGACCCUGCCUGGAAUAGCCAAGGACAUGGACACUAUGACUUUCCGUGUUCCUCUCGGGGUCACUGCUGGAAUCACCCCAUUCAACUUCCCUGCCAUGAUUCCUCUGUGGAUGUUCCCCAUGGCCCUUGUCACAGGCAACACCAGUUUGAUGAAGCCCUCAGAGCGUGACCCCGGGGCCUGUAUGAUGCUGAUGGAGCUGGUCAAAGAGGCUGGAUUCCCGGACGGAGUUGUCAAUGUCAUUCAUGGCAGACACGAUUCUGUUAACUUUAUUUGUGAUCAUCCUGAUAUCAAGGCCAUAUCUUUCGUGGGAUCUGACCAGGCCGGACAGUACAUCUACGAGAGAGGAUCAAAGAAUGGCAAGCGAGUGCAGUCCAACAUGGGAGCCAAGAACCAUGGUGUGAUAAUGCCAGAUGCAAACAAAGAAAAUUGUCUCAACCAGUUGGUGGGUGCCGCCUUUGGUGCAGCGGGUCAGAGAUGCAUGGCCCUGUCCACAGCUGUGUUUGUUGGGGAGGCCAGAAACUGGAUCCCAGAACUGGUGGAGAAGGCCAAGAAACUGAAGGUCAAUGCUGGUCAUGAGCCAGGAGCAGACUUGGGGCCUGUCAUUUCCCCGGAGGCCAAGCAGAGGGUCUGUGACCUGGUGCAGUCUGGUAUUGACCAGGGGGCCAAAAUCCUGCUGGAUGGAAGAGAUGUCAAAGUGCCAGGGUACGAGAAGGGUAACUUUGUAGGACCGACCAUUCUACACUACGUAAAGCCUGAGAUGAAAUGUUACACUGAGGAAAUCUUUGGACCAGUUCUGGUGAGCAUGGAGGUUGACACCCUGGAUGAUGCCAUUAAACUGAUCAAUGCUAAUCCCUACGGCAACGGCACCGCCAUCUUCACGACCAAUGGCGCCACUGCUAGGAAAUACACUAUGGAGAUCGAUGUGGGACAGGUCGGUGUUAAUGUCCCUAUCCCCGUGCCUUUACCAAUGUUUUCCUUCACUGGAUCCAGGGGGUCCUUCCGAGGGGACAUGAACUUCUAUGGAAAAGCUGGUGUCCAGUUUUACACACAACUGAAGACAGUGACCCAGAUGUGGAGGUCGGACGAUGCUACAUUGUCUGGCUCUCAGACGGCCAUGCCAGUCAUGAGAUAGACUUUAGGCAGCAGAUGUUUCCACUGGAUUACUGAUCAAAUGAUUCAUUGUUUUAUAUAUUCACCAUAUUUUGUUGUGCUAGAGACUUAAAAGUGCUAAUUUUACGAGAUUUCCCUUCACUGCUGUCAUAAUACACACACAAUCAUGUUUCACAGUUGUUAUGUGGACAUUCUAAUCUUUUGAUAUUUGAGCGACUUAUUGUGCAUUUUUUUCUCGGAAAGCAUUGAAUGCUCCUUUUACAUAUGUUAAAUGAAAUAUACAUGUAUAUACAUGUACACAUAUACAGUGUAUUUAUGUAGAAAUAAACAUGAUUUAAGUAGAGAA